AAGUUUCUAUUUCACGACCAGAAAUAAAUCAGAAACACACACACACACACACACACACAAAAACCUCAAGUUUCAGAAAUUUUGGUUGAUAGAGCUAGAGGUACAUACAUAUAUGGUGUCUGUAUAUCCAACACCACCAGCGGGUCAAGAUUUCUACUACAUGGGGGAUCCGAUGAAAACGGGUCUUCCGCGUUUGCAUUCGAUACAAUCUAGUUCUAAUGGAGCAGGUACACUUAGGAAUUUGAAUUCGAGUACGGGUUCCGUGGUACCCGAUGACCAUAACAAGAAGACCAGGAAGCCCUAUACAAUUACCAAGUCUAGAGAGAGCUGGACUGAGCAGGAACAUGAUAAGUUUCUUGAAGCUCUUCAGCUCUUCGAUCGUGAUUGGAAAAAGAUUGAAGCAUUUGUUGGGUCGAAGACUGUUAUCCAGAUACGUAGCCAUGCACAGAAAUACUUUCUGAAGGUCCAGAAGAGUGGGACAAGUGAACAUGUACCUCCCCCACGCCCAAAGAGAAAAGCAGCUCAUCCUUAUCCACAAAAAGCGCCUAAAAAGGUUGUUUCCCAAGUUGGCAGCAUCCAAUUUCAACCUCCAGGAGCUUUGCCUGAACCAGGAUUUGGUAUCGGGCCUGAUUCUCUAUCAGUGCCUGGAAAUACAAUUAAUUUCUCUCCCUGGACUUACGACAAUGUGCCUGCUAUCAGCACAACACACAUGAGAAAAGAUGACGCACAAGUAUCCAGUGGAGGAGUCAUGCAAAAUUGCAGCAGCAGCAGUAACGAGAGCAUGCCUAGGAUUUGUACGACUAAAGAGAGCAAUGCCCAAAAGGAGAGCAAGAAGCAAAUGAAAGUUAUGCCAGACUUUGCACAAGUUUACAGCUUCAUUGGCAGUGUCUUUGAUCCAAGUACAAGGGACCACUUACAGAGGCUGAAAAAGAUGGACCCCAUAGAUGUUCAGACGGCACUGAUGUUGAUGGAGAAUCUAUCCUUCAAUUUAUUGAGCCCUGAAUUUGAGGAUCACAGGAGGUUGCUCUCAUCGUAUGGGUUGGGCGCUGAAAAAGAUAAAAUGGACCAUCCUAUAAAAACUGAUUUUAGAGAGAAUGCAAUCCAAGCUGUCUAGGAGUCUGGAGGAAGUUUAAGAAGAUGCGUGGUCUCAUUGCAUAUACCUGGUGGAGACAGAAGAGAGGGCAGCGUGAUGCGAACACGUGCAGCAUGUGUAUCUAGUCUGUUUAUAUGCUUCAAACUUGCAAGUUGCUCGCAGUGUUUCCACUCCACUCUGUAUAUACUUUUAGGGAAGACAAUGCGGGAGUAGAGAUACACUUUGAGGGCUUGUAUGUACUUGUGGAGAGUAGUAUAUGUUUGUGCUGUAUUAUAGGUAGAUGGCGUAGGGCUUGUGUUGUAUAUUGUUGAGGGGUGUGCCCUCAUGCGUUUUGUCCUAGAAAUGUGUCAUAGGUUAAGACACGUUUGUAGCAGUGUGUUUGGCAUACUGUUUGGCAUGUUGAGAAGAACGGAAAUCAAAACUUUGUGGUUUUUUUGAGUAAAUGGAACAGUGACCUAAAUGAUAUAUAGUGUUAAAGCUG